AAUGUGAAACAUUAUCAUUUGGCUCGAACCUUCAGAGACAUUUGGUCACUUGUUAGUUUGAACUGUUCUGAAAUGUUGCCCGUGAAGAACAGGAAAAAUGCUUUUCCCCCUCGUAGCCUUGAAUGCGGCGCUUGGUGACAUCACAGCCGCCAUGUCGCGGUGGUUGCACUCAGGCUUCUGGACAAUUUUGUUGUUUUUCUUGUGCUGUGCGUCUUUUCGGCGGACGAUUGUCGCGACGGCGGAGGAGGCGGGCAGCUGCCACAACCUGAGACUCGGUCAAUAUCCUUGCCUUGACUCGCUCUCCUCGUCUGGAUGUGAAGCUAUUGCUAAGGAUCCCAAGAUCGACGAGGUCACUCAGGAACCGCAAAACUGUCGUGAUGCCUGCACCUGGGUGGAGUGUCUUCCAGCUCCAAACGUCACCUGCCGGCUUCCCAACGGGACGCAAUUUCGCUUCAGCGGGGAGGAGGUGGGCUUUAAUAAAACCAUUCCCUGUAGGAACGUGAGCGGCUACUCGUACAAAGUGGCUGUGGCCUUGUCACUUUUCCUGGGCUGGCUGGGCGCCGACCGCUUCUACCUCGGCUAUCCCGCACUCGGCGUGCUCAAGUUCUGCACAGUGGGUUUCUGCGGUAUCGGCACACUGGUGGACUUCAUCCUCAUCGCUGUGCAGGUCAGUGGAGAUAGUGGGGCCGGCGGACGGCUCCGACUACAUCGUGGACUACUACGGGGCCCGCCUCAGCCGCCUGGCCAUCAGCGAGCACACGUACAGGAAGCCGCACCUGGCCCCGUGACGCCAAAGUGAGACGCAACUGCAGUGUUUGCAGCAGCGUCGGCGGGCGCGUCGGCUCUGCGCUCUUCAUGCCCUUUUUGCUUCAUCUGGCUGCUCGGCGUGUGACAUCGCAGCACUACAUCCAUUCUCCACGGCGACCACUCUGACGAAUGACAGCGUGACGACCAACGCGGUGGGCGCGUUUGUUUUUUCUUAGCUUGCAUGGCAGCGUUGAAAUUUUCGCGGCACAAGGAAUGUGCUUGAAGCAUCGCCAUUGACACCAGAAGGAUGCCACGUUGGACCCAUGACACAAGUACAUUGUCGUUGUCAAGUCUGUCAAUAAAGUUGUUUUGUUGGGAACUUC